CUUCCACGAAGAGGCAAUCACUUUUAGUAUACCAGCAGCAAGAUGCACUUUUCAUUGAUUGUAAUAUUGUGUGCCAGUAUUUUUGCAUGUCAAGUACUGAGCGAAAAUAAUACUUAUGAAUAUUCUGACCAACAUCCAUGGCCAGUUGUUUAUGGGGUGUAUCCAUAUUAUAAUACCGAAACAUUGCUUAAAGUAUGGAACACUGACAAAGCUUUAGAUGUUUCUACAAAUAUAGUAACUCUGGUUUCUGAUGAACAAGUGCAAAAAAUAUAUUCCGAUGACAUUCAGCACAAUGAUACACAUUUACUGAUACAAAACAAUGUUCCUUAUUUUAUAAGUGAAGUUAAAAACAUAAACGAAGAGCAGUUAUCACCCAAUAAACAAUAUCAAGCUAACUAUGCAAACAGUCCUAAAGAAGCAAAAUCCUCGAAGUGUGUAACAGAAUCUUGUUUGAAUUGAACAAUACAAAGGAAUAAUUCAUUUCGAAAAGUGAAACCAGAAUUCAAAGUUCUAAGAUGUGUUUGCGCAAAAUAUUAAU